AUGGUCGGUCACUCACUCCUAAAAGCUUUUGAGAGUCGCCGAAACAGGUCGCAAUCCAACGGUCUAAAACCAUUCUCAUUCUCUCUCUCUCACUAUCACUACUAUGGUAAACACAUAAACCAUCUCUCUCUCUCCCUCUCUCUACAAUUCUUUGGCUCCGCAAAACUCCGAUUUACUUCUCCGAUAAUAAUGUCGUCGCUUUCUGUAUUAACCGAAGACCUGUUGGUCCGAGUUUAUACAAAACUUAGCUCCGAGAAGGACCGGAAGACGUGGCGACUCGUGUGCAGGGACUUCCUCCGAGUCGACUCGACGACCAGGCAGUCCCUCCGAGUCCUCCGCUUCGAGUUCCUGCAGAGCCUGCUCUCCAAGUACACAAACCUCGAUUCGCUCGACCUCUCGGUCUGCCCGCGCAUCGAGGACGGGACCGUGUCGGUCAUACUGUCUCGUCCCGACUCAAGGAAUUGGACUCGGUACGUGACCCGGCUGACACUGAGUCGCGCAACCGGGUUGAGAUACUCGGGGUUGGAGAUGCUGGUAUGCGCGUGUCCGUCUCUGGAGGCACUGGACGUGUCUCACUGUUGGAAGUACGGUGACAGGGAGGCGUCUGCUAUAUCGUGCGCCAAAGGGUUGCGGGAGCUGAGGAUGGAUAAGUGCGUUGGUGUUACCGAUGUUGGGUUGGCGAAGAUUGCCGUUGGGUGUGGGAGACUGGAGAGGCUGAGUUUGAAGUGGUGCAUGGAGAUCUCUGAUCUGGGUGUCGAUCUUUUGUGUAAGAAAUGCUUGGGUUUGAAGGCUCUUGAUGUGUCAUAUCUAAAGGUUACGUGUGAAUCUCUACGUUCAAUUGCUUCUCUGCCGAAACUGGAGGUUUUGGCCAUGGUGGGGUGCCCUUUAGUAGAUUAUGUUGGAUUACGGUUUCUUGAAAAUAGAUGUCCUUUGCUACAGGUGAUUGAUGUUUCAAGGUGUGAUCUUGUUAGUACCUCGGGUUUAAUAUCUGUAGUUAGAGGACGUAGUGGCCUUCUGCAGCUCAAUGCUGAAUACUGUUUUUCAGGGCUUACGGCAAUGGCUCUCCACUGCUUGAAGGACUUGAAGAAUCUGAAAACAAUAAGAAUUGAUGGGGCUGAAGUUUCUGACUCAAGCUUCCAGGUCAUCAGCACCAAUUGCAAGUCGUUGGUGGAAAUUGGGUUGAGCAAAUGCAUUGGGGUGACAAACAUGGGCAUCAUGCAGCUAGUUUCAGGCUGUGUAGAUUUGAAGAUUGUCAAUCUAACAUGUUGCCGCUCCCUCACUGAUGCAGCACUUUCUGCUUUAACAAACUCUUGCAGGAACCUUGUGUGCCUAAAGUUAGAGUCUUGUGAUAUGGUCACUGAGAAGAGCCUCGAUCAGCUUGGAUCAUGUUGCUUGCGACUUGAGGAGCUUGAUCUCACAGAUUGUUGUGGGGUAAAUGACAAAGGACUGCAGUAUUUGUCUAGAUGUUCAGAACUUUCAUGCUUGAAAUUAGGACUGUGUGCAAACAUAACAGACAAGGGAUUGGUUUAUAUCGCUCGUAAUUGUACAAAAAUUACUGAACUUGAUUUAUACCGCUGUACAGGUAUAGGAGAUGAUGGAUUAGCUGCGCUAUUGAGUGGUUGCAAGAAAUUGACGAAGCUGAACUUGUCAUACUGCAGUGGGGUUACCGAUAGGGGGAUGCAGUAUAUUGGGCAUUUUGAGGACCUCUCUGACCUGGAGAUGCGCGGACUAUUCAACAUCACAAGUAUGGGUUUGACGGCAGUUGCAGCUGGGUGUCAGAGACUGGCAGAUUUGGAUUUGAAACAUUGUGAAAAGAUUGAUGACUCAGGCUUCUGGGCACUUGCCUACUACUCACGGCAUAUGCGACAGAUAAAUAUGAGCCAUUGCGCCGUCUCAGAUGUGGGGCUUUGCAUGGUGAUGGGGAACCUAACACGCCUACAGGAUGCCAAGCUGGUGCACCUCACGAAGGUCACACUAAAAGGGUUUGAGCUCGCACUUAGGUCCUGCUCUGUGCGGAUCAGAAAGGUUAAGUUACUUAGACCGCUCAGAUGCUUACUUUCUUCAGAGAUACUCGAGACCCUUCAUGCAAGGGGUUGCAAGAUUAGAUGGGAUUAGAGUACUUUACAUCUCAAACGAUAUUUGCAAGUCAGAAACAACCUUUUGUCAUGGGUUUUCUUGAAUAAUCUUGCAGGUCCCCUACUUCUCGCUUUGGAGAAAGGGUUUCAUUUUCACCUAAAGUUUGGGGUUUUUUUAUUUUUUAUUUUAUUUUUUGAAAGUUGCUACAAUAGUUUAAUACCAUAAUUGCAUGAGAUAGCAUUUUUUUGUUUGUUUCUUUUGACCUUUUUGUGUGUGUUUUGAUCCUUCCCUACUAAGCCAUGCUCAAUUGGUCAUUGAGCAUAUGGCUUUAGAAGUGAGGCAGGAUCUGUAACUAGUAUAUCUUUUCGAUCCAAUUAUGAAUUUUUAAAUUUGAUGAGGUCACAUUAACAUGUUUACUCCAAGAGGGUUUUGCUUUCUUUAUUUAUUUUUCCCCAAAACAUAAAAUGGUCCUCUGUUUUUAUUUUUCAUAAUUUUAUGAGGUA